UCAAACUGUUUGUUUUAGUAAUUGUUCUCCACCCACCCCCCCCCUCCCCAAGCUGGGAAGGAUCUCCCUCGGAAAUUGAUGAUAAUGGGUUGUUCCGGGCGGGUGACGCUGGAAAACAAAGAUGGCGGCGGGGAGCAGCAACUACUGGGAAGAUCUGCGGAAGCAGGCUCGGCAACUGGAGAAUGAACUUGAUUUGAAACUGGUAUCCUUCAGCAAACUCUGCACAAGUUAUAGUGGUUCCACAACACGAGAUGGGCGACGCGACAGGUAUAGUUCUGAUACAACACCUCUACUUAAUGGAUCGAGCCAAGACAGGAUGUUUGAGACGAUGGCUGUGGAAAUAGAACAGCUGCUAGCCAAGCUGACAGGAGUAAAUGACAAAAUGGCAGAGUACACUUCAACCCCUGGUGUUACAUCAUUGAAUGCAGCACUUAUGCACACACUACAACGGCACAGAGAUAUUUUACAGGAUUAUACGCAUGAGUUUAAUAAAACUAAAGCAAACUUUAUUGCAAUUCGAGAACGCGAAGACUUGUUGGGAUCAGUUCGGAAAGAUAUUGAAUCUUACAAAAGUGGGUCAGGAGUGAACAACAGAAGAACAGAAUUGUUCUUGAAGGAACAUGAGCAUCUUCGAAACUCAGAUCGGCUGAUAGAGGACACAAUCAGUAUCGCCAUGGCAACAAAAGAAAAUGUGACAUCACAACGAGGAAUGCUGAAGUCAUUACAAAGCAAAGUGAACUCCUUGGCCAAUCGAUUUCCAGCUAUUAACAACCUGGUUCAGAGGAUAAAUUUGAGGAAACGCAGGGACACAUUAAUUUUGGGAGGUGUUAUUGGCAUUUGUACUAUCUUAUUGCUACUGUACGCUUUUCACUGAUGAAACAGCUGCAUAAAAUGUUUCCAAAGCUGCAAAGCACUGGGGAGAGAGAGGGGAACUUGUGGACUCAACCUGCAUAUAUUGGCUGGAUUGCUCUUGUGAUGGAUUUAGGUUACACUGGAAUGCUAUAAAAGAGUAUUCCUUCGGGCCACAUUGUGUGAUUGGUUUAUGCUCAAAUGUUAAACCUCAGAUUUUUUUUAUUUAACUAUGCUCUUGGAAUAUAUAAUUUUGAAGUACAGCACAUUACCAUUUUGUGAAAGGAUGCAUUAGAAUGUAGUCUGUUUCCGCCUCUUUCCUUCCUCUUCCUCCAUUAUCCAGAUAGUAAGUUACUGUCUCAUGUAUAAGCAAUUAUAAAGUCAGAUUUUAAAAAAAACUGUUCUUUGAAUCAUAUAUAUUGGAUACAUGCAUUUAUGCAUUUUCAAGAGCAUAUAUAAUAUGUAUAUAAAAAUACUUUCAUACACAAUGAUCCUGCAGUUCAUUUAUAUAUCAGUGUGCUGUGUCACACUGUGAUAAGACGUGGGUUUGCUCCUUGCGAUUUCAUCACCUGUCCAGUUUCUGGUCUCUUCAGAGAGAAGUACCCAAAAGAAUGCAAAAGCAAAAUAUCGUGGAUACUGGAAAUCUGAAAUAAAAACAGAAAAUGCUGGAAAUACUCAGCAGCUCAGACAGCAUCUGUGGAGAGAGAGGCAGAGUUAAGGUUUCAGGUCGAUGACCUUUCAUCAGAGCCAGAUCCGAUGAAUAGUCAUCAACCUGAAAUUUCGGCUCUGUUUUGCUCGCCAAAAUGCUGUAUGAGCUGCUGAAUAUUUCCAGCAUUUUCUGUUUUACCCUAAUGAAUGGUUCUAAAUUCAUCUCCACUUGAUUUGGUUACAGAUCAGCCUUGGCUGAGACCUGGGAGCAGAUAUCAAACUUACCCAUUUUCUUGGAAAUGUGAAGAAGACUUAGAGAAAACAAAAGCAAGAAAUUAGUUUUUCAUUAAAUAAAUGUAUCUAGACAUCCAUGCAAUCAUAAGUUUUGAAUUGUUCAGCAAGUCUCCCAAAGCUUUAGUUAUCUGGCGAAUUUCCAAACAGUUGUCAUGUGGCCAUGCACACUAUUUGUGCAUGUAUGUGCAGCCUUGUGCUUAACCGUUUGGGCUAAUUUCUUAAGUAUGUGCACAUGAAUGUACAGUGCUCAUUUAUAUUAACUUGUACUGUGCUAUUGGUAAACUGUGUCAAUGCAUUGGAAUAAGCUGCUGAAACCACCUCCCACCUAAACCAAGUAAUUUCACUUCUCUUUUUAAUAAAUAUGGGUGAAAUAUAUUGAAAUUUUUGGAUUUCUCUGCAAAAAUACAAUUGCCAAAGCCUACUUUUAAAAAGAAAGAAACCAUAAAAUUUUGAAAUAUCUGUGCUUAAAAACCAGCACCACUGUGAAUGAAGAAUACUUAUCUUGCAAUUUUUUUUCAGAUAUUUUGCAGUAAGGCUGCAAUUUUGCCCUUUACCCCAUUAUUCGUUUAAAUCACUAUACGUUUAUUCACAAACCACUAACUGUGGCCUCCUUAAUGAUUUCAAGAGAAUACGACACACUGUCACUCCUACUUAAGAGGAAGAGUCUGUUUCUAUUCCUCAGAUUGAGGUAACCGAUUUGAAUGUUGUGGUUUAGAAUUCAUGCAGGUACAAAACUCGAUGCUUGGAAAUAUGAAUCAUUCCAAUAGUGUUCAGAAAAAAAACACUUUUUUUGUACGUUACACUGUUUUUUGGAUAUAGGCUAUGAUCUAUUUACCAUGGCAUCUUUUAUGAAUUAACUUGACACACUGGCAAGCAAAAAUUGACUGGCUAAUUGGAUUAUUUGAAUACAGAUUGCUCAGUUGAAUAGCUAUAAUUUUGUUUACCACACAGUUGAGUUGAUCCACAUAAAAGGUGCAGUUGUGCCCUAAGCUGGAGCUCUCACAGCUGCUGUGUUUUUUGUUUAUCUAUUCAAAGCUUUUGAUGUCAAAAACCUAUUCAUUUCUCAGAUCUUUCCCUCUUGUCUUACUGCCCUUCUUUUCUCUCUCCUCUCCUUCUAACACCUCCGCCUUGCUUCUUCAAAUGCUUCUGGAAAUUUUGUUAAUGUAGAUUUUAAUAAUCUUGUAAAAUAAUCUUCAGUUCUCUGCUAAUGUGCAUUUUCUGCAUUGUACAGAGGAGCUCUGACUGUGUAUGUAAUUUGUUAAUAAAUUAGAAUCCUAAGUGA